CGUCUGACGGAGAGCAAAGUCCGUUAACCUCCGAGAAAAACACCGCGAACGGACCCGGACGAGCCGGUCCAGAUCCUGCCGCGAACUCAGCGGUGUGCAAAAUCACACACUUCUUCACUAAAGCUCCACGCGGAGGAAGGUUAGUCAUAAGCUUAAUAACCAAUAUCCCUAACCCACGAGAACACUGCGCGUACACCCAGCUGCGCAUGCGCUGAACGCCGAUCGGACAUGACCAGCGUCACGUUACGUAAUUAAUAUUCAUGAGACCAAGCGACGGUCUGACGCCGCUAAAAAGUUUAAUUUGCGUAUAGUUUUAGGCUUAAUAAUCAUUUUUUAUAAUAACAAUGCUAAAGUGACUAUCUGUACUAUUAAUUUCCGUCUCAGUUAUUUUGCUCUUUAGUUUGAUACAAAACCUAACCAUGCAGUCAGAUCUGUCUCAGAUCUGCUCUCAUACAGAAAGUGGAAGUCAAGAAAACGAAAGUGAUGUCUGACACUCGAAGACGUUACCGAGCGUAUUCGGUUUAGACUCUUAACUUUAGAGGCUGCCGUGAAUGGAUUCAGCUGGGUCACCGGCACCGGAAGCACCGGAAGCACCGGCGUGCUCGUCUCCGCUUCAGUAACUUUCCCAGCCCUGCUCAGCCUCUGGAGAGCUUUGACUUUGGUCUUCAGGAGGAUUGACUGCCGAUGUUGUUGUAGAACGUGACAGAGCUCUGUGGGAUGAUGAAGAUGCGUCUCUGGAGGAUCAGACUCUCUCAGAGCAGCUGCUCGUUCCUCAGACGCUUUCAGAGAUCUUCAGCGGCAGCGGCUGCAGCAGGGGCUGAUGGGAAGGCGUUGGGAGCUGGUGUGUCUGUCAGUGAGCUGAGGAGGACCCCGGCGUGCAGCGCUCCGUUACCGGCCCUGAAGCCCACCGGCAGCCACACGGUUCUGAUCCGAACUGAUGUGUUGAAGCCCGGAGAAGCUCCAGAACCACAUCCAUCUCCAGAUCAGCUGCAGGACUGCUGGGACCACACACACGUCAAGCUGCCCUGCUCCGAGAAUAACCUGUUUCCUGUGGACCAGACUGUCCAGAGCCGUUGGGAUUUGAUCGUUAAAGCACUGAGUGUCCCGUUCUGUUCUUCUGAUGACGUGAAGGAUGCUAUACUGAAAUAUAAUACGGGCCAAGCGAAAGGAUGGAACUUCACAGCACUGCAUUCGUACUGUAAGGGUCUGCGGGAGUCUGAAGCUCUGCAGAUGUUUGGAGAGCUGCUUCCAGCGAUGGCACAGCUUGCGUUGAGAGCACCGCUCCUCCUCACACAGCCGAUCCCGCUCUUGAGGACACAGCGCUGCCGAUCUCUCACUCUGUCUCAGGAGCAGGUCUCCUGUCUGCUGGCAAACGCUUUCUUCUGCACCUUUCCUCGAAGAAACUCUCAGCGGACGGAGUACAGCAACUAUCCUGACAUCAACUUCAGCAGGUUGUUUGAAGGUUCGUCCCGGUCAAAGCAGGAGAAACUCAAAACUCUCCUGUGCUACUUCAGACGGGUCACACAGCAGAGGCCAGGUGGUCUUGUGACGUACACCAGACAGUGUCUUCAGCGUCUGCCCUCCUGGUCGAGUUCAGAAAAUCAGUUUUGCAAGAUUCACAUCAGCUGUGAGGGAAGCAUAGAGGACCAGGGCUACGGCAUGCUGCAGGUGGACUUUGCCAACCGGUUCGUUGGGGGGGGCGUGACUGGUUCUGGUCUGGUUCAGGAGGAAAUCCGGUUCCUGAUAAACCCAGAACUCAUUGCCGCUCGACUCUUCACUGAAGCUCUGGAUGAUAACGAGUGUCUGAUCAUCACAGGUUCAGAGCAGUUCAGCAGAUACUCGGGAUACUCUAACAGCUUCCGCUGGGAAGGAGCUCACGAAGACCAGACACCGAGGGAUGAAUGGCAGCGCAGAUGCACAGAGAUCGUGGCUAUAGACGCCCUUCCUUACAGACGAUUCCUGGAGCAGUUUCACCCUGAAAACAUGAGCAGAGAGCUUAACAAGGCCUACUGUGGGUUCGUUCGUCCUGGAGUCCAGACGGAGAAUCUGUCGGCCAUUGCAACGGGGAACUGGGGCUGUGGAGCCUUCGGCGGAGACAAGCGUCUCAAAGCUCUGUUGCAGAUGAUGGCGGCUGCGGAGGCUGAGAGAGAUCUGAUGUACUUCACGUUUGGUGACACAGACCUGGUCGAAGAUGUCCUUCACAUACACAAACUGAUCACAGACACACACACCACCGUUGGAUCUGUGUUCAGGCUGUUGCUGCAGUAUCAUGAGUGUGUAUGUUUAAAAACUACAAGCAAACCCCAGGAAACACUUUACAGCUUCCUCUCUGAGCACCUCUGACCUCUGACCUCUGACCCCAGCGGCUCGGACUGUUUUCUGCUCUCAGUCGUCACUGUAUGUGCCUCAGUAAAGCUGAUUGAAAUGCCUGUGUGUGUGUUGUUUCCGUGUGCGGCUGGCCCCGGGCGGAUGAAAGCGGGGCCCCGCUGGGCUCCGUAUCGACCGGGCCGCUCGUGAACACACUCUUUGUAGCGUACGGAUUUCAAACGCACAUCUGCGCUCGGGCGUGCCGCUCUUCUCUCUGUUCUGCUCCUGAAUGAGUUUGACCUUUUGAGACGAGCUCAGAUCAGAAACAUUUAUAAAAUACAAAGUCAUCUGUGA